GUCGACCCCGGAGGACGGUCAAAGAAAAGCAGCGCCCAAAGCUUCGUCCCUCGUUCAUUCUCGCCUCCCGUCGGCCAUCCGCUCGCGCCGUCGCAGCCGGAGCGAAGGAGAAGCCCGAGCAGAAUCUCCGGCCCGGCGGCGAUCGCCGGCGCGUUCCGGUCGAGGAAGGAGGAUCAUGCGGCGGUCGUCGAGCGCUCCGCGAGUCUCCGACGAGGCUCCUUCGCCGCCGCCGACGCUGCCGACGACGACUUCGCAGUCGCGAUGCUCGAGGACCGGGGAGCCAGACGACGACCGGCGGGAGCAGCAGCUGCCGACGUGCGAUCCGCUAUCGCACGCGGCGAGGAAGGAGCGGUCGCGCCUCAGGUCGGCGGAGAACGCCGUCCACGGGAUCCCUGUGUUGCUGGUCCUCUGCGCGUUCGUCCUCUGGUUCUUCUCCAGUCCAGGAUCCGAGUUCUGAGAAUCACCGGAUCUUCGCCGGAGUUCUUCUGAAUUCGUCUUAGUUUCUUGCUGAGGAUGGAAAUCUGGCUUUCGAAUUCUUUUGGCCCAUGUCGAUACGUGACAUUCAAUUACUUGUUCUGGAUUGACAAUGUAAUGCCAUCUCUGAUCAACAGAGGUAAAGAGCUGUUCUUCGUUUCUUAG